GGCGUCAAUCCGCGGUUCGCUGCUAAUUUACGUGGUUAGACAAUAACCUAGUUUUGUCGUCUAAAUCAUUGUGUUUACGUUUGCUUUAUAUUGUACUUUGCAGAUUUAUACAUCGUUUCAACUCCGCGUCGUAAAUUACGAAGCUAGAUAUGACUUCUAAAAUUAAAGUGGGGAAGGUCGGCUCCAAGAACAAAGAGGAUGCUCCUUAUGAACUGGAGAGCCAAUUUGUUCUAAGGCUUCCUUCGGAGUAUGCCUCAACAGUAAGAAGGAUAGCACAGUCCAGCAGUAUGAACAUGAAAGACAGACUGACAAUCGAGCUGCACUCGGAUGGUCGUCAUGGCAUAGUGAGGGUAGAUCGUGUCCCUCUGGCCUGUAAAUUGGUGGACCUGCCUUGCAUGAUCGAGUCUCUCAAAACAGUCGACAAGAAAACGUUUUACAAGACAGCUGAUGUUUGCCAGAUGCUGGUAUGCACACUAGAUGGAGACCUUUACCCUCCUCUGGAGGAGCCAACUGGCACUGACCCAAAGACCAAAAAGAAAGACAAAGACAAGGACAAGAAAUUUGUCUGGAAUCAUGGCAUCACCUGCCCUCUGAAGAACACACGUAAGCGAAGAUUUCGGAAGACUGCGAAAAAGAAGUACAUCGAAUCUCCUGAUGUGGAAAAGGAAGUGAAGAGAUUGCUGAGCACUGACGCAGAGGCUGUUAGUGUUCGAUGGGAGCUGAUAGCAGAGGAUGAGUCCAAAGAAGCAGAGCAGCAUAGCUCUCUGCCCAAUUUGGACUCUUCUCCCGGUACCUCAGGACACAAGAUGGGUCACGGAUCCUCAGUUCCACAUGAUGAACUGAGGGAGAUCUUCAAUGACAUCAGCAGCUCCAGCGAGGACGAGGAGGAUGAAGGAGACCGACACGACGACGAGGACCUGAAUAUCAUGGACACUGAGGAGGAUCUGGUGCGACAGCUCCAAGACAAGCUGAACGAGUCGGACUCUGCUCAGAAUGAAAGCGACAGAAACAACCAGAUAGUUAUGGAAUACCAGGUACAGAUUAACAACGUUAAGGCCAAGCUUCAGGAAACACGGGCCCGGAAGAAGCAACAGGAAGAGCUCAUCAUGAAAGUGGAAAACCAGGCCCUGAAGAAUCGCUUCCAAGCCUUGCUGGAUGAGAUCAUUCAGCAGGAGGAGCGGGAGAUGGAGCAGCUGGCCUCCCUUCAGGAGCAGUUGGACUCCCUGAUAGAGAAGUAACCAGCAGGGGGCAGUCUCACAUCAUCUUCAGCCGCAUGUCAUCGGAGAAUGGAAAAGAGGAUGAUAUUGGGUCUUUUAUUAGCCAACUUGCAUUGUCAUUCUUAACCUGUCGUUUUUAUGUUUCCCAUCUGCAGCAUUUUGAUUAGUGUAACAAUGAUGAAUAAUUUAGGAUUUUUACGCUAGUCACUGCAUUAUGGAUGGGCAUUUCUGAUGUUUUUGAGGCUUUCGUUUUUCAUUUUACAAUAAAAGCAGAGCCUUGGUCAAG